CAGAUAUUAUUUUCCUGGAAAGUGAAACUUUGCAACAGCAUUCAGGCCUUAGAAGUGGGCAAAUUUGCCCUAAAUUCUACUGACGGAGUGUGGAAAUGGCGCAGACUAAUGUUGGAGAUACAUUGAUGGUCAGGCAUGAACUGAAACAUGCCAACCUAACAGGACAUGCAGAGAAGGUGGGGCGAGAGAACUUUGAACUGUUGAAGGUGUUAGGAACAGGAGCAUAUGGCAAGGUAUUCCUGGUUCGGAAGGUCGGUAACCAUAACCAGGGUAAGCUCUAUGCUAUGAAGGUCUUGAAGAAAGCAACAAUCGUCCAGAAAGCCAAGACUGCAGAACACACUAUGACUGAGAGGCAGGUCCUAGAAGCAGUUAGAAGUUGUCCAUUCCUAGUCACAUUACACUAUGCCUUCCAGACUGACUCCAAGCUCAAUCUAAUUCUUGAUUAUGUGAGCGGAGGAGAACUAUUCACCCACCUCUAUCAGAGGGAGCACUUCAGAGAGAGUGAAGUCCGUAUCUACAUUGCUGAGAUUGUCAUAGCUUUGGAUUGCCUUCAUCAGCUCGGAAUUAUCUACCGCGACAUCAAGCUUGAGAACAUCCUAUUGGACAAAGAUGGUCAUGUGGUCUUGACAGACUUUGGACUUAGUAAAGAAUUCCUCACAAGUAAUGAUGACAGAGCAUACUCGUUCUGCGGAACGAUAGAGUACAUGGCUCCGGAGGUAGUGAGGGGCGGGUCUGACGGUCAUAACAAGGCUGUUGAUUGGUGGUCUCUAGGUGUGUUGACCUAUGAACUUCUUACAGGGGCUUCCCCAUUCACAGUGGAAGGGGAGAGGAAUUCACAAUCACAGAUAUCACAACGGAUCUUAACCAGCCACCCUCCAAUGCCACAUACAUUCUCCAAAGAGGUCAAAGAUUUUAUCAACAAGUUACUCAUCAAGGAUCCAACCAAAAGACUCGGAUGUAACGGGGUGAAAGACAUCAAAUCUCAUUCCUUCUUCAAGGGGUUGAAAUGGGAAGAUGUAGAGGCCAAGAGGGUACCUCCACCCUUCAGACCCCACAUCAAUGGGGAACUGGACACCAGCAACUUUGCAGAGGAGUUCACAUCUCUCAUCCCUGCCGACUCUCCAGCAGACAUUCCCAAGACGGCCGAUGCAAGGGUCUUUAGGGGUUAUUCCUUCAUAGCUCCUUCCAUCCUAUACAGUGACAAUGCCAUAACCCAAGACAUGCUCACCCAGCCAUCUGAACACAACCGUCCGUCUCUCUCCUCCAUUCUCUCAAUACAUGAGCUCAAGGACUCUCUCUUCACCAAGCAGUAUGUAUUGGACAUGGAGUCAGCUCCCUUAGGGGAUGGUAGUUUCUCAGUUUGCAGGAGAUGUACACAUAUAAAGACUGGCCAGGAAUAUGCUGUGAAGAUUGUCAGUCGAAGGGUUGCCUGUACACAGGAGAUUACCACAUUACAACUCUGUCAGAAACAUCCUAACAUUGUACAUUUCAAAGAAGAAUUCAAAGACCAGCUCCAUACAUACAUCAUCAUGGAAUUAUGUAAAGGAGGGGAACUGUUGAGUAGAAUCAAAAAGAAGAAACACUUUGAUGAGCUUGAAGCGAGCAUGAUCAUGAAGAAACUUGUCUCUGCCGUGGAGUACAUGCACAGUAGAGGGAUCGUUCAUCGGGAUUUAAAACCAGAAAAUAUCCUCUUCACUGAUGAUUCUGAUGAUGCAGAACUGAAGAUCAUAGACUUUGGAUUUGCGCGUAUCACCAACAGCAAUCAGCCUUUGAAGACACCAUGCUUCUCCCUUCACUUUGCCGCUCCUGAAGUGCUCAAGAGAACACACGAACCAGAAGGGGAGUAUGAUGCUUCCUGUGAUGUCUGGAGUCUUGGAGUCAUCCUGUACACCAUGCUGUCAGGGAGGGUACCAUUCCAGGAUCCCAGUAUAUCAAAGAGCAAUAGUGCUUCAGAGAUUAUGAAGAGAAUCAAGCAUGGUAACUUUAGCUUUGAUGGAGAAGAAUGGAAUUCAGUCUCCGUUCCUGCCAAGGAAUUAAUCAAAGGUUUGCUCACUGUUGACCCAAGUCAGAGGAUAACCACUGAUGAUCUCCUACACAAUGAAUGGAUCCAGGGACAGCAGCUAUCCAGUUCAACGCCUCUUAUGACCCCAGACAUACUCAAUUCAUGUGCCUCAAUCCAGAAGCGUAUGAAGGCUACCAUGCAUGCAUUCCAUACUGCCCAUCGUGAAGGAUUUCUCCUCACCGACGUGUCCAAUGCACCCCUGGCCAAACGACGGAAGAAGAAGAAGGAUUCAUCGACGGAGACUCGCAGCAGCUCCAGCGAAAGUUCUCACUCCCAGGGUUCUUCCUCCCAAGAGAGUACGACUCCAACCCCUACAGCCAACCCUGUUCUGAAUUUACCCGUAACGACAGUUCCAUAUGCACCAAUAGCAAUCGCGACGAGUGUUUCGUCAAUCCCAUCUGUUCAGCCUCUUCCAAGUCUCAGCAAGCAAACAUUUGCCAGAUUGGACCAGUAUGAGAGCUCAGACUCAUUAGGUUUCUCACCAAUCCUGCCAAUCUCCGCAGGAAGCUCUCAGGAGCCCCCACCCUUGCUUGUUAGGCAAGAUUCGGGUUAUGUUGGACAGCUGUCUGAAACGCAGGUCACACCAGUGCCAAGGACAAAUGUAGGAGGACCCCAUGAGGUUACCUUCCAGCCUAUUCUCGACCCCUCCACGUACCCAUAUAGACUCCAACAACCUCUCAUGGGUUACACUAGUUCCAUCCCAGAGUAUCUUUCGGUGCAAUACUCGUCAUCAGAUCAACCUUCAAUACCUAGGACAGUACCCCGAACCGUGCACCAACCGCACCCCCUUCCUGUUACUCAUCAACACCUUUCGCAUUUGCCAACCAUCAGUGAAGACCCAUCUACAACGUGAUUCUACCCCCUUUCCUAGGACACUGGGUGUCUUCACAGACUGUUUGAAUGAACAUGAAAAAUAUCAGGGCUGUAUUAUUAUGUAACCUCAUAAAGUGUUUUUUUAUUAUUGUACUAAUUGAUUUUUUUAGCAUGUUUAAUAGUAUUGUAUUUAUGAGAAACAGUGAAGUGAAGUACCUGAGGGGGAAACCAAAGAUGCUGUUAUGUCUGCGCUAUUGGUGCUUUGGCUCUUGUAAAAAAUUAUGAAAGGAGCUGCACAGCUAAAAUUGAGUAAAGAUAUCAAGAAAUGCCUUUGCAUUAGUUGCUUUGCCAUGAUGUGAUAGAUGGUCCAUUUAAAAAGUGUAAAUGAAAGGGCAAGCUCAUGAUAUACAGUG